CACUACAACCGAUGCUACAUCGGAUGUCACUACAACCGAUGCCACUACAGCUGAUAUCACUACAACCGAUGCCACUACAGCUGAUGUCACUACAACCGAUGCAACUACAUCGGAUGUUACCACAACCGAUGCAACUACAUCGGAUGUCACCACAACCGAUGCAACUACGGCUGAUUCCACAGCAACGGGUUCCACGCCUGAAACAACCACAGGUGACUCUGCCACAACUGGCUCCACAACCACAGGUGACUCUGCCACAACUGGCUCCACAACCACAGGUGACUGCCACAACUGGCUCCACAACCACAGGUGACUCUGCCACAACUGGCUCCACAACCACAGGUGACUCUGCCACAACUGGCUCCACAACCACAGGUGACUCUGCCACAACUGGCUCCACAACCUCCGCCCCCAGCACGACACCGCCUCAGGACCGCAUCGACGCCGAAGACUUGCUGACCAGGUACAUCCAGUUCCUCAGCGACGCCACAGCCCCUGUCGACGACGAAAACGCUGACCAAAUAGACAGCGGCACCGUCAGCGCCAACAGCUUCAUCGAAGAGUUCGACGACCUGAUCGACCUGAUCGCGCAGACGGGGAAGAGGAUCACGGACGGAACCAGGGCGCUGCUGCCACGAGCCCGAGGCGACACGCAGCAGCUGCUGGACAGGAUCAACAACGGCCGCAUAGCUAUCCGAGAGGAGGUUGAGCGGCUGAAUCCACUCGCUGAAAACACAAUUACCCUUCCCACACUGGCACCUUAAAGGGUAAUAUGCAGUGACACGCCUUGGAAUACAUAUAUAUGUAUAUGGAUACAUAAUGCAUAUAUACAUACUGUAAGUAUGGAUACAUACUGUGUUUGUGUAUUCCAGGACUAACUACCACAAUAUAUACGAAUUUCAAACUGAAAUUAAAUACUGUGGUUCUUUUCAAAUUCAUCGAUUUACUGAGUUUUUUUGUCAACACAUUCUAAUCCCAGUAGCUUGUCAAAACAAAAUCAAAACUAGCGGCAAAGCUGAAGAGCUACUGUGUUUGCUGCGAUUCAGACGCAUGUAAAAUGUUA